GACAUGUCCACCAGAGAAGGCAAGCGCGCCUUUAUUUGUAUCUCUUCGUCUUCUUCCUCCUCUGACGAAGAAGGCGACGAACCAGUAGAAGACAGCGACGACCAUUAUUCCGACGAGGAUGAUCACGACGACGACAAUGACGAGCCGAACGAGGAUGAGGAUCACAGUGAUGAUGAGUCUCUCUGCAACAAAGUCAUGCGUUUCCUCAAAGAAGGGAAGGAUUUGGAGUGUUUGAGUCUUAAAGAAUGCAAAGCCUAUUUGCGGAAGCACGGGCUUAGAAUUUCAGGAACCAAAUUGAUUUGUAUCCAAAGAAUUGAAGAGCACCAGAGAUUAAAAGAUGGAAAUGGUGAAGCAUUGUAUCCCAGAUCAUCCUUUGUGAUUAACUGUACAGGUGAUGUCUGUAAGGGAGACGUCGUCCUCUUCACUCAGAAAGUUUAUCAGAAGUUUGAUAAGAUGAAGAGACAUGGAAGAAGUCUUGGGAAGAGAGUUGUUGCCGGCAGGGUUGUGAAGGAAAGCUAUGGUGCGGCUAGACAACAACAUACUUUUACGGUUGAAGUGAUAUGGAGCAGGGGAGUAAAGGAGCUGUCUCCAUUAUUUCCUCUGCUUGUGAAGGGUCGCAAUCUCUACAAAAUGAAAACUUUUAGACAGCAUUGGAGUAAUGAAGCUGAAAGAUCCAUAGUUCUAGCUGAGAAGCACAGACGAGGUGGAGCAGCAAGACUUGUCAAAGUGAUGAAAAAAUCAAAGAAAAUGACUGCAAAUGGAGGUAUGAAGUGCCAAAAUCAAUCCCGAUUUUCUAAACCAAAUAAUAUGCGAAAGAGUAAAGAAUUGGAAAGGAGGAAGCACGCGAGAUCUGCAAGUCAUAAUGGCUUUUUUCCUCAUCGAGCAGCCCCAGUGUCAAAACAGAUGAGCUUCCAACAAAAUGAAAGGAGUAAAUCCUCUCAACAUUCUAGUAAGCGUAAGAAAGCAGCUCACCCUAAUAUAGAUCAAAUUCCAACUCUCCUGUCACAGCCUGAUCCUCGUAUCCGUCACCUCUCUCAAGUAGAAUCUCAACACAGGAAUGCACCUUAUCCAUAUUAUAGUCAUCCCAUAGGCUCCACUUCAACCAUGUUGAGAUAUCCUAAUGAAACUGAUGCUAAUACAUUUGUCCUACCUGCAUCACAGUUUCCCAGCUUCACUAACAACAAUUAUAGCCACUAUGGCUUCAUAGAUCCUGUCUACAAUCGGGAAUUGAACAUCCAGAAUCAAUUAUCAAGGUUGGAUGCUGGCAGGCCAUUUGAUCCCUAUAUUUCAGGAGCUGGGACUUAUGGACAUAGGGGGAGAGGGCGAAGAUGACUUAUGAGCCUGUUGCAUGUUCAUUUUGAUGGAUUAAGUUUCAAUUCAUUUUUCCUCUGACAAUGAAAGCCUCUCCUUUACUAAAAGUUCUUAGGUAAAAAGAUAUUACUUUAAUGGUUUCUCUUAUCUUCUGCCUUCUGCAAAUCAUAUCUUGUUAGCAAUGACCUCUGCUGAUCAAUACUUACAUUCGUUCCUGAAUUCUUUUUCAUUCAUGUCAUGUAGUGGGGUCUUGAAUUUACACAUGCUGAAGUUGAGUUAUGAAUGAAGAAAGAAAGUUUGUUGUUCGAAAACCAUUGAAAGAUGAGAGAAAUGAUGUGUGUUAUGGUUCCUCCUGUAUAUGGCAUGAUAAUAUGUUUGGGUUUUUGUGUGGGUAUAGUAGACAAUGGUA